CGUGUUGACGUCCGACCUAAUGGCUGAAAUAGACAUUGGGAAGCAUUGUCAGAUCGGUUCCUGCUCUCAGAUAGAUUUCCUCCCAUUUGUCUGUGAGCUCUGCAGAGGUGUUUUCUGUCUUGAGCACAGAAGCAGAGAGGCUCAUUCAUGUGCAAAGGAGCCAGUGAAAAGGGUAGCCCAGACUGGGGGUGGCAGCACAAGUUACCCUUGCUCAUUUCAAGACUGCAAAGGGAAAGAACUGUUGCCGGUAAUAUGUCCGCAGUGUGACAAACAUUUCUGUUUGGCCCAUCGUCAUCAAGAUGGUCACAAGUGUGAGAAGUUGGCGGUCCAAAGGCCUCGAAUGGCCGCCACCAAAGAGCUGGUGCAAAAGAUUGUUGAGUCAAAAGACAUAUCUAAAAGUAAAGGACGCAGAGGAGCAAAGAACAGUGCAACUGCAGCCAAGGUAGCAUUGAUGAAACUGAAGCUGCAUGCUGCAGGAGACAAGGGGCUGCCACAGGCAGAGAGAACCUAUCUUCAAGUUUAUCUUCCUAAAGAAUCCAAAGAAUCCAGUCAACCCAUGUUCUUCUGUUCAAAAUGGAGUGUGGGGAAAGUGGUGGAUUAUGCAGCCUCUUUAGCUAGCCUUAAAAACAACAAUAACGUACUGACAGCUAAGAAGCUGCGGUUAUGUCAUCCUCAGACGGGUGAGGCUUUCCAGAUGGACGACACCCUGCUCUCGCUGCUGGCUCACCAAAUAGCACCCCUGUACAAUGGGGGUAAUGUGGUUAUAGAGUACCUGGACAACGAGUGCACAGGCCUGGAAACCGUGUCUGACUAUAUCACUCAAACAUAAGUGAAUUAUUGUUUUUUCACUGAAACGAAUUAUAGCUAAUGUUUGCAGAUGUCUGUAUACAUUUUGUAUUUCUAUCAAUAAAAUGUUAUUGAAAGACCAA